AUGCCACCAAAACUGCGCGUCGUCGCACCAAAUUCCGCCCAUGAACGCCGUUUCAAAAGCGAUAUCUCCACCAACCUCGCCAACGUCCUCCGCACCAAGCCCUUGGUCACUCCCCAAGAGGCCAUGUGGAAGGUCACUACUGAAAUGCUUGCCAACAACCCCUUCAACCCGCCCUCCGACGGAAAAUGUCCCAUCAACGAUCUUCCCAAUGAGCUUCUUGCGUAUAUUUUCAAGGUCGGGCGCGAGAUGGAGGAGGAGGAGGGCGCAGACGACGACGACGAUGUGGACUAUAUUGAUCAACAUACCAUUGAAUACCCAGGCGACUCUGAUGAUGAUGGUUUUCGUCUGGCAAAGCCGUUGAAAAAAGGCCCGGUUCUGCGGUUAGGCGAGGAUGAAGAAAUCAUUGAUGACGCUGAUGAUGGCGAUAAUGAGGACUGGGAAGAUGAGGAGAGCGCCGAAGAAAGUGACGACUCUGACGGAGAAGAUGACGACUCUGACGAUGAAGAUUUUGAAGUGGAGAGCGUCCUUCCCUUCCAGAUUCUCGCCUCACAUGUGUGUCGGCACUGGCGCGAAGUCGCCCUCCAGUCCCAUACCCUUUGGACAACCCUUGAAUUUGUGGCUCCUGCUAGAUUUGACAAGCUGGAGGCGUACAUUCAGCGAUCGGAGGGGCUCCCACUUGAUAUCUUUAUAGAUUGUACAAUUCCAGACGGCGAGACGGAGGAAGAUCAUGUGCAUGAAUACGACGACGACGACGAGGACGGGGACGAGGACCACGAAUGCGGGGAACCUACCUUCUUCUCACGAGACGAGCUUGCAAAAAUCCUCGAUCUGGUCAUCCCCCACGUCGCUAGAUGGCGACUAUUCGAGUUCUCCGCAAGCUUCUACCCUUACGUCUACGCCGCACUCACGCGCCUCGCCGAAUGCCCCGCCGCUCCACUCCUCGAAAUAUUCCAGCUCUACCACUACGAAGACUGCGAAGACUAUGACAUCUUCACCCCCGCAGAACUCAAUACCCGCUUCGUCCCCUUCCACGGCAUCGCCCCCAACCUCACGCACGUCUCCCUGUGGGGCGUUCACGUUGACUGGGAGGCGUCCGUCUCUUACCUCCGUGGUCUACAAGACUUCGAACUCGCAUAUCACGCCCAUGACGUCCGGCCCUCUUACAAAACCUUCCUCGAGAUACUCGACAACUGCCCCGAUCUCGAAACCCUCACCCUCUGCCUCUCCGGUCCGGCACUUGGUACGCCUCUCCUCGCAGACUCGGACGAGGAAUGGGGUCCGCACGCACACGAGAUCCCGUCGCUCAAGGAUCUCGUAUUAUGCUAUCACCCCCCACCUUACGCCACAGCGCUCAUGCAGCACCUCGACGUGCCCAACGUCACUCAGCUGGCGUUGGCGUUUGACGAACAGGAUUAUUCCGAGUUUGUCGUCAAAGCGCUUGCCAAACCUAUAAGGGGCAAGACGAAGUCUCUCCUUGCACAGUUGGAGCAUAUGAAGAUUUCUGGGCUUCCCCUUGAUAACAAGGCGGUGGAAGUGCUGCUGGACCGGCUUGCGGGGCUGUUGACGUUGAACAUCAACUGCUCGGAAGAGGCCGAGCAAGCGAUUUUCGACAAGAUGGGGGCGCAGAAGGAUCCGCUUGAGGCAGGUUCAUCUGCUGCUCCCGCAGAGGGGCAUGCCAGCGCAAAAGCGUAUUGUCCCUUGCUGCACACGAUCUCCACAACGGGAGUUGACGGCGCGAGGAUGAAGAAAUUCGUAGAGGCACGCCGCGCCGCUGGGGUACCUUUGAAGAAAGUGUUGAUGUGUGAUCGGGAUGAAAUUUCGGCGAAACAAGAGAAGUGGUUGAAAGAUAAUUUGGAGUCGCUUGAAUUUUUCGAGCCGUCUGAUUCUGAGGAGGAAAUUGAUGUUGAGAUUGACGAUGAAGAGGGUGAUGAGGACGAUGAUGAUCAGGAGGAACCACCGAGUUUGAUGAAUCUUGACUAG